CCAGCACCAAGUGUUCAGUCAUCAUGGCCUCCCUUUGGUAUUGUGUAGCUGUUUUGGGCCUGGUGGCAAGAGGUUCAGUAAAUGCAGACAUGAAACUGGAUUGUAAAGGUGGUUUUGUGACACUGGUGUGGACAGAUGGUAGAUCUCAGAUGGACACUUCACUGCUCCGUCUGGGCAGCUGCUUUCCCACAAGCCUCACAGACAGGGAAGCUGUUUUCACUGUGGACUUCAAUGACUGUAACUUCAGGAGGCUUGUUACUGGCAAACGACUAAUCUACGCCAAUGACCUGACGUACAUUACCCCACCUAAUUCUGUCAUCCCUUCGUACAUUGACUUGAUUGUCUGUGAAUUUGAGAGGCCCAGAGAUUGGUACCCCCUGGUUUAUGAACCAGUGUUUAGUACCUAUGGUUUAGAAGAACUAGUAUUUCAUAUUGGACUCAUGAAUGCUAACUUUUCAGGCCCUGCUGAAUCUACAAGAUUCCCUCUGGGCUCAAUCAUCGCCAUCAUGGCUAGCGUGGAGCAGCAGACCCAUCAGCCAUUGCUGCUACUCAUUGAUGAAUGUGUCGCUGCCACCACACCUGAGUUGCAGCCUGAAAGUUCUCUAUACCCAUUAAUCACCAACAAGGGAUGUCUUGUCGACAGUAAGAAAUCGCGCUCAAAAUUUGAACCCAGGCAAAAGACUUCAGAGAUCCGGCUAUCCCUUCAAGCCUUCAAGUUUGCUGUGGGAGGAGAGGUGUUUAUUCAUUGCAGCCUUGUGGCUUGGGAUCCCAACGGACUUGGCAAUACUAAGAAGGCCUGCCACUACAUCAAAGAUUAUGGUUGGGAGUUGCUUGACGACCCUACACACAGCAGUCUAUGUGACUGCUGUGAGUCCAGCUGCAAGGCCAGAAAGACGAGGGAUCUAGUGACAGGGAAGCAUGGUGCAGUACAAAACGUAGUCCUUGGUCCACUCACUAUCACAGAUUAGAAUGAGUCACUAAGGCAAGCUUCUCCUUGAAAUAGUGGUACAGACAUCCUCUUCUCGGACGGCUCUCAAGAAUGGCUCCAUCCAUGUGACUUCAGGCUCAACUGAGGUUUUUAACUUCCAGGCUGUCGGCGCUUCUUUGCAUUUCAGAUCUGUGCAAUUGUAUCAAAGCUGCGUAAAUAAAUGACUCUCCUUUAAGUAUU